GAAAACUAAACGGAUUUUGGAUCCAGCAUUAGUCGUUAGCGAUUCCACAAAUUCAUCUUGUUUUCUACAUCAUUAUGUAGAUUGAGUAUUCAAGUUUUUAUUCGGAUUUUUAAAAGCUUUUUUUAAAAAUACUAAAUUUAUAUAGUGAUGUAUGAAAACUAACCGGAUUUUGGAUCCAGCAUUAGUCGUUAGCGAUUCCACAAAUUCAACUUGUUUUUUACAUCAUUAUGUAGAUUUAGUAUUGAAGUUUUUUAUUCGGAUUUUUAAAAGGUUUUUUUUUAUGUUUGUUUUUUGAAAUUUUAUUAUUUUAGAUACCAAAUUUACAUAGUGAUAUAUGAAAACUAACCGGAUUUUGAAUCCAGCAUUAGUCGUUAGCGAUUCCAUAAAUCUAACUUGUUUUCUACAUCAUUAUCUAGAUUUAGUAUUCAAGUUUUUUAUUCGAAUUUUUAAAAGUUUUUUGUGGGUUUUUUUAGUUUUAUUGUUUGGAUAUUAAAUUUAUAUAGUGAUAUAUGAAAAUUAAGUGGAUUUUGGUUAUUGAUCGUUAGCGACGUUUUCUCGGACAUUCAUCAUUCGGAUUGAUAUUUUCUCGGACAUUUAGCUUAUGUUAUGGCCUUAUGGAUUUCAUGUUUAUGUGUUUAUGCUUUAGACUCCAUAUUAUGGUGUUUGAUUUGAACAUGGCUCUGUGUUGUGGUUAUGAUGUAAUUUAACUGUUAAUCCUAAUAUUUAAUUACGGCCAUUAUAUUCUCCUUUUUCAAUUGCUCUUUUCUGAUGAUUUUAGCCGUAAAUUCGAUUUUAACCCUGAUAAGACCAACUAAACUCAAGUCUAAAUGUUGGCUUUUGAAUGUAGAUCUGCAAAUUUAGGGUAACGUAAAAUAUAAUCUGUCUCAUAUAUUUAAACUGACUGAUCUUUGAUUUGUACAAGGACAUAACAAAAAGUUGAAAUUGAAUGAAAUUAUUUCUUUCGUGGUAAACAAAAAAGAAUCUCAAAAUUCGAAACUAAAUAAAUGGGUGUUUCCGUUUUCACCUCUUGGGCACAAAACUCGCAACGUAUAAGGAAAAGAAACAGAGACUUAUUAGAAACAAAAGGAAAAACAAAACUAAUUACAAAAAAAAAAAAAAAAACAAUUCUUCCAUUCUCGAUCAUUCCGGCUUGCUCAAAGGGUUGAUCGGACGCUAGGAUUUGAGAAGCAAUGGCGAAUCGAAUAGAUCAUGAGUACGAUUACUUGUUCAAGAUCGUCCUGAUCGGCGAUUCCGGUGUUGGUAAAUCCAACAUUCUCUCUCGCUUCACCAGAAAUGAGUUCUGUCUCGAAUCCAAAUCCACCAUUGGCGUCGAAUUCGCCACCCGUACUUUACAGGUUGAAGGCAAAACAGUGAAGGCUCAGAUUUGGGACACUGCAGGUCAAGAGCGUUAUCGAGCAAUCACAAGUGCUUACUACAGAGGAGCUGUUGGAGCUCUUCUUGUCUACGACAUAACCAAAAGGCAAACUUUUGAGAAUGUCCUGAGAUGGUUACGUGAGCUUAGGGAUCAUGCUGAUUCCAACAUUGUUAUCAUGAUGGCUGGAAACAAAUCAGACCUUAAUCACUUGAGAUCUGUUGCUGAUGAAGAUGGUCGCUCUCUCGCCGAGAAGGAAGGUUUGUCGUUUCUCGAGACAUCUGCUUUAGAAGCAACUAACAUUGAGAAAGCCUUUCAGACUAUUUUGUCUGAGAUUUAUCAUAUCAUAAGCAAGAAAGCUUUAGCUGCACAAGAAGCUGCAGGUAAUCUUCCGGGGCAAGGAACUGCGAUCAAUAUAUCAGAUUCAUCUGCAACUAAUAGAAAAGGAUGCUGUUCUACCUAGUUACAUCCAACUAUAGCGAUGACUAAUCAACCAAUCACACGUUUGAGUUUUCAAGAAUAUCUCUUCUGAUUUUUUUACCAGUUCUUUUCUUCCUUUUUGGCUUAAUUUCAGCAAGUACAGCAUACCUUUUUCUUUCCUGGUCUUUGUUUUUCCGUAUCGUAUCGAAUUUAUGAUACAAGAUUUUGUUUUAGUUGUAUUGAAACUGUGAUCAUUCACACCAUUUUCUAAAAAAGAAAGAAUUUUUUUUAUAUUUU